AGCUGUACUGUGGACGUUUAUCUCCCGCGACCUCCAUCUCCUUCUCCGCCUCGCAGCAUCUUCCCGCUAAUUCGGAAUAUCUUUUUUAUUUUUUUACCGGAACUAAAUUUGUUUGACUGUGCCAUCAUCGAUUAUGAUGAGUUUUAUUGCCAAUGCUGGCGCGGUGCCAUUGGGAUAUGUCAGUGCCAUGAUUGACAGUGAAGAUCAGUGCCUCGCUUGCAGCAGUGAACAGUGUUGUCUCCUUCUUCAGAAUCAGUCCGUGCAGUGGCAGCAGCAUCUUCGGAAUGCAAAUGUGUUCCCUCCGCUUCCGGACCUCGUCUUGAGCAACACUCCCCCUCCAUCUCCCCUCCGAAGGGCGGCUUCCUUGCCCUUCUUCCCCUCCUCCGGCAACAUCAGCACCUGCAGCACUACUACUGACGGAGGUAGCCGUUGCUGCCGCUCAGAAUCUCGCCGAGGGACCUCCAACUUUGGAACAAAGCCGCCCUGCGAAGUGAGUCACUCGAACAGCCACGGCGUCCUCCUCCGCACCCAGGGUAGGAACAGCUCUUACCACGAAAUAUGGGAGAGAGAAGGAGACAGAUAUUACGACAACGCUGGUGCUCAGAGGUCCUGGAACGCCGCCAAUUACUACAGCCCGGAUUUAUACUUCCACCACCACCAGGAUUGUCUCCCUUGCGGCCGAAUGCUUCAGGAUGCUGUCACUGAAGAAGAAGGGGCAGCUUCGGCAUCGUCCGAAGAAGGGACACUUCAGGAGAGGAACGUGCGUUCGGUCGGGAGGGACCUGAGGAGGAUAGCCGACCGUUUCCAGUUAGAGCAUGGUAAGGUCACGAAGAAAAACAAAGAGGCGGCGAUGCUGAGCUUGGCUUUUCCAGAAGCCUUUACAAGGUGUGUGUCCGUGUCCGUUCUCUGCCUAAUCUGGUGGAGACUCAUUAAUAAGCUGCGAUGAUCCUGAAGGAGUUUGGGAGAAGCAAGGGCGCCGUCCUUCAUCACCUCAUCGCUGUAUGUUGCCGCUGCGUUAAAACGGCAAAGACAUUGCUCGCCAGCAAUGUCUUAAGUACACUGAUGCUCCGCUGUAGUCAUCGGAACAGCAUUUUUUAUUUUAGAGUUGCUCAUCCGAACAGCAGUUGCUUGUCUGUUGGGAAGUAAUUGCUCUGCCCUUUGCCACAUGUCUUUCAGAAUAGAUUGCUAUGAAGAGCAAUGCUUGUCUUAUAGCAAGAUCUCACUUAUGGCCAGUAAACCUCUAAUCAGGUAUUGUGGAAUUCCUGAUGUUUUCAUGGAAGGCAGGAGAGAGGAAAAGGAAUGAGACGGCGCAAGAAAAGGAAAUGGAAUAACUCUGUGAUCAGGACAUCACUGAGGAGCUUAAUCAAAAUGACGCCAGGGUUACUCGUUCUGUCAAGUAGCGUAGCUUAAGAAAUAGGGUUCGGUUACAAAGUUGGGCUAAUGUGGACUCGAAGUACAUCAGUGACGGUUAUUUUGAGCCUGUCUGCGUGUCUGUAAAUAUAAAUUAAAGAAUGGAAUUCCUCUGGAGUACUGAACUUUAAGCAUUAAGAGAGAAGAAUCGUGGCACCCCGAGUGCCGAGUGUUACCAGCCUACAGUUUUAUGACAUAAGUUUCUAAUUGUAUUGUAAGAUAACUGAAUAGUCAUUAAGAUCCCAAAAAAUAUUCAUCUGCCACUACCCUCGUAUCUUUCAGUAUUUGUAAAGAAACAGUGACACUUGAGCAUUUCUUCAUUUGCAGUUUUUAACCUUAAAUUUGGAGUGAGAAUUCAGUGGGGAAGUUGUCUGAAGUUGCCAUUGCAGUAUUUUCACAAAGCUUUCUUAUUUUUUUUUUAUAUUUUCAAGCGUUUUCGCAGUCACCAUGCAACAGAGGUACUGCUUGAAAACUAUUCUAAAAAGGACUUUCACUUGUUUGGCUUGAAAACUAUUCUAAAAAGGACUUUCACUUGUUUGAGUAGAUUGUUCGAUGAUUGUUCGAUAUCAGUAAGACGUAACCGGUGUGCGCAUAUAUGUGCCGUAAACGAAAAUUUGGAGGCAUUAAUUUUUACGAACUUGUAAAAAGGAGUUUUGGUUAUUUUUCUCUUUCCUUAGACUGUUUUGAGUGACCAACCUUAAUAUUUGCAUCAGCUGCCCAUUAUCACAGACUUCUACAAGAUUACAGAAGCUACCAGUCUUUCAUUAUGAAAGAAGGUGCCAGUCGCAUCUUCAUUUGCAGUUUUAAGACUCCAGUCUGUCUAAUCUUCUGUCUUUCUGCCAGUCCUCUGUAGCGAAGCCCUGUCUUCAGUCACUGCCGUGUCUAUUGUACAUAGAUGUAAAUUGUGUUCUGUAAUUUCCGUAAGAUCUCUCUCUCUUAUUUCUUCAUUAAGUGACCUUUCGUAAAAGAGGUUGACCUUCACCUUUCCUUCUGUGUGACCUUAAAGGUCUGUUAACAUUUUCUUUCUGGUUUUAAGUAAGGUAAAUUAAAAGACAAGUAAUUGUAGCGAUAGAUUAAGAUGCUCUUAAUAUAAUGUCCAUUGAUCAUUGCCAUUUGAAUAUUGAUUCAUUGUACAAACGAAGCUGCCUCUGUUGCUUAGAGAAAGAGAGAAAGUAGGUUUAGAUCAAAACUAAAUAAGUCUUUCAUUUAUUAAGCAGUAGAGAACAUUUGGUGCUGUGUAUAAUAUUAACUGUAUUAUUAUUUCCCAUGAACACGGUAGAGUUACGAUCGAACUUCUCUUGGACUCGACAUAAAAUUCAUAUUUUCAGUUCCUUCCCCCUUUCCCCCC